AUGAGGAUGACUGCUCUCCGGAACCCGAAGGGAACAACCAUUGCUUCAAGGAGGGGAAUGGAGACAAUCAUCUACGACUCCUACUCUGAUCUCUUCCACAGCCAUGUCCACUUGCCUCCUCACCGUCUGAGGAAAGACGACCAUGUUAAUCCAGAUUUUCUCCCGUCCCAAGUACUACAUGCUACCAUGUCGGUGAAGAAUCGUAUUUCACCCGGUCUCGACAGAAUGAAGCCUGAACAUCAGAAGAACCUUUCGCCAGUACUCAAUACCCUGGCCAGGCUCCUUACACGUUACCUGUCGGAAUGCAAGGUUCCUAAACAGUGGAAGAUCAGCAAGACCGUGUUGUUGUAUGUUGUACAAAGGGAGAUCCACAUGACAUCUGCAACUAAUCUGUUUACUGUCCGUCAUCUGCAAGCUCUUUACAAGAGUGAUCCUUAA